CCAGCGAACUGUCACCGAUCUAACAUGCCUUCCCAAAAAGAUCUUUCUUUUCGCUAAAGUGCGUUUGCUAAGACGUGUUGAGGUUUUACCAACAGUCAGCUGAAUAAGGUUCACCAAAAUGUCGACCGCAACGAUCCGUACCCGCCGGUUCAUGACCAACCGUCUGCUGUGCCGUAAACAGAUGAUCUGUGAUGUCCUGCAUCCAGGUCUGGCUUCGGUGGCCAAGAAGGAAAUCCGUGAGAAGCUGGCCACAAUGUACAAGACCACCCCCGAUGUGGUGUUCGUGUUCGGAUUCCGCACCAACUUUGGCGGUGGCAAGUCGACCGGCUUCGCGCUGAUCUACGAUACCCUGGACUUUGCCAAGAAGUUCGAACCCAAGCACCGACUGGGUCGCCACGGACUGUUCGAGAAGAAGCGAAUGACCCGCAAGCAGCGCAAGGAACGCAAGAACCGUAUGAAGAAGGUGCGCGGUACCAAGAAGGCAAAGGUCGGACAGGCCGUCAAGAAGUAAGGUGUUUCUGUGACCUGCCCUUUCUGGAGCUUGCUUGGGGAGCUUUUCCGUGUUUUUCUCUCAGGUGGGAGUUGAUAAUUCCAUCGCAGGAAAUGAAAAUAUAACUUUAUGGUUUAAGAUAA